AUGGCUAUCGAGCUCGAAAACUGCCGAAUUCACCCUGCUUCUUCAUCAUCAUCUUCUUCAAUUUGCAGCAAUCAUGAAUUCUACACUCCAUUAACACACUUCGACAUCCCAUUCCUACAAUCCGAUCCCACACAAAGACUCAUCUUCUUCGACUUCCCCUGCUCAAACCUCCAUUUCCAUCAAAACAUUCUCCCCUCCUUGAAAAUUUCUCUCUCCCUCACUCUCACACACUUCCUCCCACUCGCCGGAAACGUAGUCCUCCCCUUGAACUCCGGCACUCCCGCCAUCCGCUGCGCCUCCGAUGAUUCCGUUUCUCUAAUUAUAGCUCAAUCCGAUCAAAAUCUUCACUAUCUCACUUCACACAAUCAACGAAUCGCUGAUCACUUCUACGAAUGCGUCCCCGAGCUUCCUCUUGCAACUCGAUGCACCUACUCCGUCGUCUUCCCCGUGAUCGCUCUUCAGAUCACGCUGUUUGCAGGCCAGGGAAUCUGCAUCGGCAUCACCAAUCAUCACGCCGUCGCCGAUGGGAGCAGCAUCGUUAAUUUUGUUAAGUCGUGGGGCUGUGCGAACAGAUCUGGAGACGGUGAAGCAUUUCAUCAAGCAGUGGCUAGGCAUUUGCCGGUUUUCGAUCGUAAUUUGGUUGUAGAUCAUGGAAAAUUAGAUUCAAUCGCUUGGAAAUUCGUCAGAAACCGAAAUCCGAAUCUCGAUUUCUCACCAUCUCUGGUGGAAUUUCCGAUCAACAGAGUCCGUUCAACUCUUCUCCUCACAAAAAAUCAAGUCCAAAACCUCAAAAAUCAUGUCUACGCCAACACGCCUAAUUCACGCGACGUUUCAUCCUUCACGGUAAUUUCUGCCCACGCUUGGAUCUGCGCGUUGAGGUCGGCGGCUUCUUCCGACGACGACGAGUCAGAGAUCGUAUAUUUCUCCUUCGCCGCAGACUGCCGCGGACGGCUGAAUCCGCCGCUGCCGGAAUCAUACUUGGGAAAUUGCCUAGUUUUCAUACGUGCAGGAGCGCGGCGUGGAUCGCUGAAGAAGAAGGGCGGAUUUCUGAUUGCUGCGGAGAGCAUACGAGAAGCGACUCGAAGGAUUUUGCAGAGUGAUCGUGGAGUGGUGGAGAGUGCAGAUUGGCCGCUGGAUUUCAGGAAAAAUAGUGGGCAGUGUGUGGUAUCGGUGGCUGGAUCGCCGAGAUUCGAUGUUUACGAAGCUGAUUUCGGGUGGGGGAAGCCGAGGAAGCAGGAAUUCGUGCAUCUUGAUCGGCAGAGAUCGAUUUCCCUCUGCAAAUCUAGAGAUUUUGAGGGUACAUUUGAGAUUGGGCUGUCGAGGAACAAGGCUGAAAUGGAUAUUUUUGAACGUGUUUUUGGUGAACCAAACUUGACCUUAGAGUAG